GCAUAUGAGUUUUUUUUCUUCAGCUCCAUGGAGAUUAAUAACGAUAUAUUAAUUUAUUUUUUAGAUAUUAAAAUAUUUUUAAAAAUUUGAAUUUUAUUUUUAUCGCCAAGCAAAAUUUUUCCCUAAAAUUUUUUCUUAAAAAAAUAAAUUAUCAUGGACAAAAAAAUAGAUUAUGUAAGUUUAUUGAAUACCACGCGUAAGUUAAAACAUACAGUCGAUGAACUGAUCAACAAAAAUCAAAACGAAUUAGACAUUCUAGAGAUAAAGCGUUUGCGAAAAUCAAUUGAAAAAAUGGUUAAAAAAUAUUCAUCGGAUAAAAAAGUCAAUAACGUUCAACAAUUGACAAACAAUUGCAGUAACUUUGGUGAAAAUAUCACAAAAUCCAAUAUAAAAGAAAUUAUUGACGUUUCUUCGUGUUUUUGCGAUGAAAUGGAUACAAUGAAAAGUAAUUUAGAGCAAAAAAUGGAAGAUAAUGAAGAGUGUCAAAAUGUAACAAAUGAAGACAAUACUAAUAAACGACAAAACGAUUUAAACAAAAAAUGUGAAUCACAAUUGAAAUUUUACAAAGAAUACGUUACCGAAUUAGAAUACCGCUUAAAGGGAUUUAUCAAGUAUAUGAUAGAAGGACAGCGAUCGAAAAAGAAACACUUAAAGAGGGAAAUUCACCUUAAGUCGACCAUAGAAAAAAUAAAAAGGAAUGAGUGCUAUUACAAGGCUACAGUACAAAGGUUGUCAGGAAAAUUGGAUUAUGCGAAUAAAAAAUCGGAAGAACGUCAAAAGUGGAUCGACGGUGUGGUGUCUCAAGUCGAAAAAUUCAGGUGUUUCUCUGAAAAUAUCGCGAAGAAUUCGGCAGAUCUAGCAGAAUUGUUAUCGUCGUUCGCGGUCGAUCUGUCAGUGUCCAACCAGCUGCGGCAUUCGGAAGUUACGUCAGCAGAGGUGGCGUGCGACGACCAAGACAGGGUGUCAAAUCCAUCCGGAUCUUCCGAGAUUGUAGACAAAAGCGCUUCCGGCUGUAGUCAGCCUACGGGGGUGGCGACGCCGGCCUCGGUGGCGGUCGUCACCGAAACUUUUCUACAACCGAUGUCGCACAGCACGCCAAUACGGGACGUCCCGUCCUGUCACAAUUGCCGAUGUAGUUUUUCAACGAGCGACGACUCCAACGACGAAAGUGAAGACGACGACCAUCCGUCGGCAUGCCUCUAAACGGCCGCCAUAAAAUUCGAACGACCUAGAAACGACGAAUCGCGUCACCGGUGUUAGAAACUUUUCCAGAGGUCGCGAAAGAGCACCAAAACGAACAACAGCGGGACGGAAACGAUAUCCUAUAUUGGUAGAUCGAAGUUCACUAAUUGAACUGAACUAUAACCAUGCAAAUUCUAAGUUUUUUCGAGGAUGCCAAUGAAGUUAAAAUCGCUCAAAAUUAAAGAGUGGAAUAUUUUUAUUUUUUUGAUGUAUUAAUAUAUAAGACACUUAAUUAA